AUGUGUAUGACGUAAUUUGAACUUCGGUAAGCUUGGGCUUCAGGUUUUGCGUUCCACACUCUGUUCAGCUGAAGUGCCCUCAGUCCGCAGGGUGCACAGAGAGCGCGGGGAAAGCAGAUUGUGAGACGAAGACAGUAAAACAAAGACAGUAAAACAGUGGGACUACAAAAAGGGAAAUAUAUACAUUAUUGAUGAGUUUCGAUAUUUCACCUUUCGAUUGAGGAAAAAAGCUCAUUCAAAUACAGGAUAAUGAGGAAUUUCAACUGCUAAACAAGGAGAAACAGAGAAACCAGCAGUUCAACCUGGAUCCAUCGGCUCUUUCUAUGCGAUUCCAAUGUUUGCGCAUUGAGCAGCUUGGAUCGGACGUGGCUUUGCUGUGAGCGUCAGUGGAUGUGCUAUGGAAGGUGGAAAUGAGGUGGAUCUGUCUAAUAUCAACAUAACUCCGCGCUGGAAGAAAAGGCCAGUUAAUGGAGCCGUCUCCGGCAAGCCCAAUCCAAGGCCUUUCAGCAGUCAGAUGGAGGGUGUUUUAAUGGAGAAUAAGGAUGCCUUCACCUUGACCCAGCCUGCCGAAAAGAUUGUGGCCUCGCCAGGCAGAACAGUUGUUUUGAAGCAUGUUCUGAACAAGCCCACCCGCAAGUCAAGGGUCGUAAGGAGUAUCAGCAUUGGACAUUUGUCCAAUGGUCGGUUUUCUCUGUCCAAGUUCAAGUCGGAGGGUGAUAAGCCAAGUACUGACAACCAGGCGCACCAUGACGUGGACAGUAUCCAAACUGGGAACGGGGUGGCACACUGGCAGGACAAACGGCAACCCUGCGACCGCCAUAGGGAUGUCCAGAAGCGGCUGUCUAGCCCAACGACCCUGACCUCUCAAAAAGAUCAGAUUGUUUUUGGCUCGUCUUCUUCAGACUCGCCCCUUUGGAAAACGAACUCUCCCACUAACAGCUACAGCCACCUGUCUGUCCCAAACCAGGCCCCUGAGACACAAAGCCAUUCCCCUCUGCUUCACCCACCCUCACCUCGAAUCCCCUCAGACCCCCCCUCGCCCCGAACCCCAAACCACCCACCCUCUCCCCGCAUGCCAGCUCACCCUCCGUCGCCCCUCACCCCAUCCCACCCCCUUUCACCCCACACUCCCUCUCACCCCCCCUCACCUGUCACACCCUCACGCACCCCCUCGCCCCAAACCCCAAACCACCCACCCUCUCCCCGAUCGUCCCAGGGACCUGAAAAUAAGCCCCAUCCCUCCGUGGUCCUGAGCACCAACAGCCAGGUGGCCCAGAAGAUGGGCACCCAGCAGCUCAUACCCCGAGGCCUGGCCUCCGACAUCCGGGUCAGCAAGACCGCCCAUGGGACCCAGGGUAACGCGGGCCUGCUAGAGCCUGCCAAGCGGGCACUGCGGGCCAUCAGCAUGGUGGAGACAGGCUCCUACUUCUCCACGGGAUGGGCUGAGGCUGAGGUGGAUGCAGACGGGGGUGGAGACAGCCCGGGGAUGCUGAGGAGGGGUCUGAGGUCCACCUCCUACCGCCGGGCAGUGGUCAGCGGGGUGGAAAUGGAAGUCCCCACAACCGACCCCAAGGGUCAUCGACUGUCCCAGCCAGUGCUCAGAGCGGUACCUGUGGUCAAGGAGCAGCCAUCUAGCCCAGGAAAGGGAAAGAGUAAUGAGAAGAAGAAAGGACUAAGGCCCCAGAGAACUUUCGACAGUGAAGAGGAUGAGGUUCUGUACCAGAAUUAUAAGGAGAAGGCCCUGCACAAUGACUCCGAUGAGGACGCAGAGUCCAGGGAGCCCAAGCCUGACGAUCGCAUUGUGGUUCAGUACAGACCCCUACGGACCUCCUGGAGUCAACUCAGUGUGGUUAAAAAGAGUGGAAUUUGCCAGACCUUGAGCCCUGAAGAGCGCAAAAGGCAAGAGGCGAUCUUUGAGGUCAUCUCCUCUGAGCACUCCUACCUUCACAGCCUGGAGAUCCUUGUCCGGAUGUUCAAGAACUCUACGGAACUGAGUGACACCAUGACCAAAACUGAGAGCCACCACCUCUUCUCCAACAUCGCUGACGUGUGUGAGGCUAGCAAAAAGUUCUUCAGUGACCUGGAGGAGAAGCACCAGCAUAACUUCUACAUCGAUGACAUCAGCGACAUCGUGGCCAAGCACGCCCAGUCAAACUUUGACCCCUAUGUGACCUACUGCUCCAAUGAGGUGUACCAACAGCGGACCCUGCAGAGGCUUGUCACCAGGAACCCGUCCUUCAAAGAGGUUCUGACCCGGAUUGAGAGCCACCAGGACUGCCGUAACCUGCCCAUGAUCUCGUUCCUGAUCCUGCCCAUGCAGAGGGUGACCCGCCUCCCGCUGCUGAUGGACACAAUCUGUCAGAAGACCCCCAAAGACUCUGCCCACUACGAUGCCUGCAAGAAGGCCCUUCAGUCUGUGAGCAAGGUUGUGCGUCACUGUAAUGAAGGAGCCCGCAGAAUGGAGAGGACUGAGAUGAUGUACACCAUCAACUCUCAGUUGGAGUUCAAAAUCAAGCCCUUCCCCCUGGUCUCCUCGUCCCGCUGGAUGGUGAAAAGAGGCGAGCUGACUGCAUUCGUGGAGGAGAAUGGCAUCUUCCUGAAGCGCACCUCGCGACAGCAGGUCUACUUCUUCCUCUUCAACGAUGUACUCAUCGUCACCAGGAAGAAGAGUGAGGACAGCUACACCGUGAUCGACUACGCCCUGCGGGAUCAGAUCUGGGUGGGGCACUGCCAGGCGGAAGACCUCAACCUCUCUCCGGUCCGGACCACAGCCGGAAUGCUGACCUCACGGCAGAGUGCGGCCAGUCACCUGUUCCGCCUCAAGUUCCGCAGCAACCACUCUGGGGAGAAGGUGCCCAUGGUCCUGGGGGCGGAGCUACUGAACGAGCGGGCCCGCUGGAUCAGCGCCCUGGGGCAGAGCAGCAGUGACAGGAAGGACGCGGACAGAGCCAAUGUGAUGCAGGUGGAGAUCAUAAGGACGUACACAGCCAAACAGCCAGACGAGUUGAGUCUUCAGGUAGCGGAUGUGGUGCUGGUGUCACAGGCUGUAGAGGACGGCUGGUACGAGGGUGACCGUCUGCGCGAUGGCGAGAGGGGGUGGUUCUUAGCCGAGUGUGCCCAGAAGAUAACCUGCCCGGCCACCAUCCAGAAGAACAUGCAGAGAAUGGACCGUCUCCAGGAGCUGGAAACCAAUGUGUGAGCAGGACCCACCCACACCACGCCCACCACUUGCUUUAAGCCCCUCCUCCUGCCACUGAAGGACUGCAGACAGCCCCUCCUAUCGCAUCUCAGUGACACACCUGCAGGGCUCCUCACUGUCUGUAUGAUACAGUGUACAGCUUAGAAAGGACGGACUCAAUCUGAUAACUACUUGUCCCUUAGAUAACAAGUGCUAAGCUUUUGAAAGGGACAGAUGGAAAUGAACUGGGUAUAUAACGGAUAGGAUUUGUUGUACAAAUGAACUGUAAUGUGAAUUAGGUUUUUUUUUUUUUUUUUUUUCGAUAUUGUGUAAGGUCUUGAUUUCUGAAUCCAAACUGGCCAUAACUCUUCAAGCCAAACAGAUCACGAAUGUUUGGUUUUGAAACUAGUCUUAGUAUGAGGGUGAAAAGGCUUUGUAAUGACUGAAAAUGGCCAAAGAGUCUCAAUUUGUAUACUUGUGAAUGUUCAAGAUCGAUUGAUUUAGCUCUAACAGUUUUAGUGAAUGAAAAUCAAAACUGGAAGACAAGGGUUUAAUACGACCUAAUUUAAUAUCAUGGGGCCACCAUACUCAAUGUACCCUGUCAAAAUCAAACUGGGUAAAAUAGUAGGAUGGAUAUUGUCAUUGGAGCUAGUCUAAUUUGCACUCAGGGAAAAUGUAUACAAUGACUGUAAAUCACAAAAAAAUGUAAAUGUAUUGUAAAUGUAUCAGAACCUAUUUUUAAACAUUUAAUCCUUUCUGAUCAACAGAUUUAUAUUGCAGACACAUGAAAUUGCUUACCUUAAAUAUAAACAUUUUUAUCCAUAAUACUGGUUAAUAAAGCGAAUGGCUGACUUCA